GGCCCAUGUUUACCCACUCGUCGUCACUCUUGCCUGGAGAACAAGAAACCCACAAGCUUUUAGUGUCCGUGCUCCGUAGCAUUCUCUCCAUUUUAAUCCUCUGCAGUCUCUUCUUCGUCUUCGUUUCGUCUCUGUUGCCUUUAUCUGUCUCAUAGUUUAGGUGUUCGUAGACUGAUUGUUGGAGUUCAACUCAAAUCCUUGUCACAGUUUACUGAAAAAAAAAUGAAGCUGGAUACUAGUGGUCUUGAAUCAUCUGCACCAUUGUUCGGGUCAAGCAAUGAGCUUAUUGAUGGGAUUUCAGCUGGCCCAUCAUUUGAGAUUCCUGAUACGAUGGACUUUGAUGGCUUUCAGAAAGAGGCUGUACAAAUGGUCAAGCCAGCUAAGGGAACAACCACGCUUGCCUUCAUAUUCAAGGAGGGUGUCAUGGUCGCUGCUGAUUCUCGAGCUAGCAUGGGAGGCUAUAUCUCAUCGCAGUCUGUGAAGAAAAUUAUUGAAAUCAAUCCUUACAUGCUUGGCACUAUGGCUGGAGGAGCUGCUGACUGUCAGUUUUGGCACCGGAAUCUGGGUAUUAAGUGCCGACUGCAUGAAUUGGCAAACAAGCGCAGAAUUUCAGUUACUGGGGCAUCAAAGCUGCUGGCAAACAUUCUGUUCUCUUACCGUGGAAUGGGUCUUUCUGUUGGGACCAUGAUUGCUGGAUGGGAUGAAACGGGACCUGGGCUAUAUUAUGUUGACAGUGAAGGAGGAAGGCUUAAAGGAACACGAUUUUCAGUUGGCUCUGGCUCACCCUAUGCUUAUGGUGUGCUGGAUAAUGGCUACCGAUAUGAUAUGUCAAUCGAAGAAGCUGCAGAGUUGGCCAGACGGGCUAUUUAUCAUGCAACAUUCCGUGAUGCGGCCAGUGGUGGAGUUGCUAGCGUUUAUUAUGUGGGGCCCGAUGGGUGGAAGAAGCUCUCUGGGGAUGAUGUUGGGGAACUUCAUUACAAAUACUAUCCAGUUAUGCCAAGUACAGUGGAACAGGAAAUGGUUGAAGUGGCUGGGGCGUAAGGUUCUUGCAGGAACUUGGAACAAUGCGUGAGAUGUACUCCCCCCGCCCGUAAGAGAUGAAUUCUAAGGCUCGAUUAUAAGGGAAAAAAAUCGUUGAAGCGCAUGUAUUUGCAUUUGAUAUUUGAAACAAUUCGUAGAUAGACUCGUCUUUCAUUCAAUGUUACGGGGGACCGAUCGUUUGUCUGUUUAAUGUUUAUUGUUGCUGAUGUUCUUAACCAAAUUCUAGCUUGGUCAUAGACUCACGUUGGAUUUUAAUCUCUGUAGCUGUGGGGUUUGAAUGAUUCUAGUUGUUUUUCUUUA